AUUCUGGAAAUUGUGUUGUUUUCUGCACCAAUUACAGUGCCCUGCUGUGUCUUUCUCUUAAUUAAUGGGGUGAUGUUAUUCACUUUGAGGAGUAAAACUGUGUUUCGUGAGACCUCCCGUUACAUUCUUCUGUUUAAUCUUCUUUUAGGAGACACUAUGCAGAUGGCAGUGAGUCAAUUACUGUACCUACUGGCUGCUUGUAGAUUAACACUAACAUAUCCUGUAUGUGGUGUUCUUAUCCUGCUCGCUGAUCUCACAAAUGAAAUCUCUCCUCUCACACUGAUGGUGAUGUCUCUGGAGAGAUAUGUGGCGGUGUGCUACCCACUGAGGCACUCUACCAUCAUCACCAUCAGAAACACAGCUGUGUCUAUCAUUGUGAUUUGGGCCUUCAGUUCACUUAAUAUUCUCACUGGAGUUCUUUCACUGUUAAAUUUUCCAUUUGAGGAACUGGAGAGACUGCAGAUGAAAGAUUUUUGUAACAAAGAAAACCUGCCUCUUGGUCCAGUCUCUGAUGAAUAUGACAAAGCCUACACUUAUUUUCUGUUUGUAUCAUCUGGUUUGGCAGUCAUUACCUCCUAUAUUGGUGUGCUGAUAGCAGCCAGGUCGGCCUCCACAGACAAAGAUUCAGCCCGAAAGGCUCGUAACACACUGCUGCUGCAUCUGGUGCAGCUGGGCCUCAGUCUCAUGUCAACUAUACACAACCCCUUGGGUAAAGCUAUUUCAAAAGUCAAUGACAGAUUGGCCGUAUUCCGUAUCAUGAGUGUUCUUUAUGUUUGCAUUAUCCUUUUACCCAGAUGUCUGAGCACUCUCAUCUAUGGCAUCAGAGAUCAGACCAUCAGAUCAGUCCUCAUGUACUAUCUGUGUUGUCAAUUGAAACUAUCAGUCAUCCCAGCCAAGGCUGAGGUCUCACCUCUGGUUCCUUUGAAUUAUUCAGGUAUUAUUUUCAAUUGCUUCAUUUAA